AGUUGUGCGGCAACUGACAGUGUAGAAGGAUGUUAUGUUGCUCGAUUUUCUUACGAUAUAACCACUGAUAAAUCUAAUAAACAAAACAAUAGAACAAGUCGAACAUUAACAGCAAGUUAAAUGCGCGCUUAUACAAGUACACACAUGUGAAAUAGAUCAAUAAUAAAUUGAACGAAAAAUUAUUACACACACAAUUGCAUGCAAUUAAUGAUUGUGUAGCAGGGGUGGGGGAAAGACGGCGUGUCGUCAAUGGUGGCAUACGAACAUCAUACUACAAUUUGAAGUGUGUGGAUGAUAUGAUGCGGUAUUAGAAAUCAGUGUUAAUAACAACAAUUACAAUAACAACAAUAAUAAUAGCAGCAAAGCAAAUAAAUCGUCAAUACGAAUUAAGCGUCGGUCUAAAACGGGGGCUGGCGGUGCUGUGCUUAAGGAGGUGCUGACAGUGAGGAUAUUGAAGUGGCGCAACUGAGCUUAUCAUUGUGGCAAUUGACAUUGCAUGUUGACAGUCAGUCGUUGAAUGGCGCCCGAUCAAGUGUGAAGCGUGCGUGUCAAUAUACGGACGGACAAAAUAGUGAAUAGAAGCAAAUAGCGAGUUAGUGUAACGCGUAACAAAGCGAAUAAAGUCGAAAGCAGCAAGCGAUAAGGAAAACAAAUAAAAACGAAAUAAUACAAAAACUCGUUAUAAACGGUAUAAAAUAUUGCACAUUUGAAAUUGCAAAAAAAAUUCAAAUAACUUUUGCGCUGAAUGCUAGUCGUUUUCUAGUUCCUACUACAAGCCAUUACUGAGCAAGUGCAAACAAUAAUAAAUUAUAAUGAAAUAAAAAUUCUUUGAAAAUCGCAAAAAGCAAUCUGUGUGUACUCACGGCUAUUACAAGCUACCUCAAAGCCUAUUCCGCGGAAAAUUCAUACGCGUUCACAAACCAACGCUCAGUAAAACCAAUAAGAAAGCACGCCAUUAGGUGUCCAGCAAUCAACAAAUCUAACCUUAUCAACAGCAGCGUACCAGUUUUAAAUGCAUCACUGCUUUUGACUCGUUAGGCGCGUUAGUUACGCUUCUGCCACGGACUUGCAAGAAGUUGCUGCCAUCGCUAGGCAAAUCUAAGCAAAUAUUAACAACAUAAAUACGCCAAAUUCACUGCAAGUGCACACCGCUCCACCCAUAUGAAAUACAAGCACAGUGUGGAGAUCCUGUCUGCCUCCGCAUAUGCCACUGCUAACAGCUUGAGCAAUGAACUGUUAAUGAUGCCGCGUCAACGCCGCUGCCAACAAUCAAUCAAGCGCGCAACCAUAUUUUCAAUAGUUAUAAUAGAAGUAGUAAAGAAAUUAAGUAAUAUCGGCGUAUAGGUCUAACUAGCGGUCUAAUGCUUCAGCACGAUCACUCGCCAAUGGUCAAGCGCCAAUGACUUUUCAGUGAUUACACUCAUUUUCAAUAACCGUGUGUUGUUACUAGUGCAUGUGUGUGUCUAAUUGGCAAUGGAGAAAAUUUAAAAUUAAAUAUCACAUAUAUAAUCGAUACUACGUUGCUAAAGAAGUAUUUUGUAAAACAAUAGUGUCGCUGAAAUAAAGUAAGGUGUGUAGUUUAUGUAUACACUUUUGAUUCCUCGUAAGCUUCUGAUAAGUGCCGUCAUUGGAAAACAAACAUUUAUAAAUCUAUAAAGCUUCGUUAAAAAAACUUAUAGUUAGAAAACUCGAAAGCCGUCGCUACUGAAGUGAGAAUUCGAUGAGCAUGGAUUUCCAGAGUGCAAUGGAGACAUUUGCAGAGGCUUGGGUGGCCGCCAAUGCUGGGCCACAGAGUCAAGCCUUGGCAUUAACACGCGCUGCAAAUGCCGCCGCCGCUGCUGCAGCCGCUUCAGCUAAUGCCGCAGCCGCGGCCGCUGCGCAGGGCAUCAAACCCACCGGUACCGCCAGUUUAGCCGAGCUGGCGCUGAAGAAAGAGCAUUCUUUGUCACCACCACACAGCAUCGGUAGCGGCAGCAGCGCAACAGCUGCUGCUGCUUCUGUCGCCAAUAUCGAUGAAGGUGGUGGGAGUGCUGUGGCUGCUGCCAAUUAUCGACGACGCCCCUCGUUGCAAGGUGUGCAAGACAAAUUGGCGCAAUUGCAAAUGCAACAUCAGCAACAACAACAACAGCAGCAACAUAUACAACAACAACAGCAGCAACAUCAACAACAAUUGCAUGAACAGCAUCAACAGCAGCUACGUGAACAACUUGCCGCACACGAUGAGGCGCGUAGUCCGCGUUUCGGCAAUUUGGCUGCUAGCUUGGGUGUUGGCGCCGCCAAUAGCGCUAUUGUGCGAUCACGCUCUACAGAUGCCAACACCUCACCGAAUGCCACAAUACAGCUGGGCGCAGAUAAUGAACGGCACAUUUCCUCGACACCUUCUAGUCAGAAUGCCUCAUUGGCUGCCACACCGAAGUUACUGGAACGUGAUGAACGUGGCGGCUCCGGCUCCGGCAGUGGUGGUGGUGGUGUUGUUGUUGGCACCAACCCUGGGUUGGUUGGUAGCAUUAGUUGCUUGCCACCAGCUGCGCUAAAUGCAGUUGCCAGCAGCAUGGCGAGCGGUGUCGCGAGUUCACUGCAUUCCGGUGUUGGUGGUGUUCCCUCACAGGCGGAGCAAUUGUUGUCGUCGACGCCGUCGGCAUUGGAAAGCCGAGCACGUGAAUUUGAUCCAGCGAAAUUAAAUUCGAAAUCGCUACCGUUGCAUUGUGUCGUCGAAUCAGUGCAUUCAUUGCAGGCCUCACUCGCCAUCGAUUCGCGUAGUCCAUGGAAGCGGCGUACGAAUAUCGAGACAGACAGUUAUGUGAUUAUGGCCGCGGCAACGCCCUGGUCGGAACUGGUGCAAACUGCGCUACAACGACUGGGCUACUCACAGGAGGCGGUAAACACGGCUAGAGGUUCUAUUAUGAUAAAAAACUGGAAACCCAUACCAUUGGAAAUGAUCUCCGAUAAUCCAGUUGUGCCCGUCAGUGAUAUUAUCGGCGAGUUGACUUCGGUUAUUACACUUCGUAUAGUCAUUUUGCGUUCCAAACCGUCAACAUUUGGUGAAAUUAAGGAUAAAUUAUUGAAACUGCUCGUUCUGCAAUCGCAUACAGUAUUGCGUUCCACCGGUUGUCCGCUUGAUGAGAUGACGCUCUCACAAAUAUGCCGAACUUCUUACCAGAAUCCGUAUUCCUUUCCCGCCGGUGAGAUUUCCGAUGAGCUACGCCGCAAGUUCGACCAAUGGUGGUCGCAACAACUCACGCCACAAUCUAGUAUUACACCAAAAAUGUUACCGUUCCUAACAGCGCCGUCAUCAGUGCCCAACGAAAUGGACUUCCCCGUAGGUUCAGCGGCCGUUGCCGCUGCCGCUGCUGCUGCUGCAGCUGCACAAGCUGGCUUACAUGCUGCCACCGGUGUGGGCAAUGUGCCGGGCAGUAAUAUACCUGGCCUAAAUGCCAGUCGUGAUUCGUUACUCAUGAAUGAUGCAACACACCAUGGUCCACAAGGUGCGACUGCAGCGCAUCAUCCCAAUAUGUUGGUACAUCCGGCCAUGCAUCCUUCGAUGCAUCAUCAUCAUCACCACCCACACUCACAGUAUCCAAAUCAAAAAACACGCAUGCGCACCAGUUUUGAUCCAGAAAUGGAAUUACCAAAAUUGCAGAAAUGGUUUCAAGAGAAUCCACAUCCUUCGCGUCAGCAAAUACAAACAUAUGUUGUGCAGUUAAAUGCAUUGGAGUCACGACGUGGUCGCAAGCCGCUGGACGUCAAUAAUGUCGUAUAUUGGUUUAAAAAUGCUCGCGCCGCUCAGAAACGCGCUGAAAUGCGUGGCGGCUUGGCAGCUCUUGGUCAUCCCGGCUUGAAUGGUUUUAUGCUUAAUCAACACGGUCAGUUGGGUCAAAGCUCGAGCAGCAGCGGUGGUAGUCAACAAUUGAGUAGCAGUAAUAUCAAUUUAGCCAUGUCACAUGACUACCUGAAAAGUCCGUUGAGCCUGAAAUCGGAAGAUGUGGACACAAUGUCACAGCACUCGGAUGACAUGGAUGAAGAGAACAGCCGACCCGGAUCACCACAAUUACCGCUCUCACUCACCACACAUGAACGUAAUCGCAAUUCGCCGCUCGAGGGCGCUGAAGGCAAUAUGGAGUUGGGCGAAAGUCGUCGUGAUAACUGUGGUGCUGAGGGUGCGUUUAAGGAUGAAACCGAUUGCCAAACAAUGUUAAAUGGUUCACUCAAUCAGUCAUUACGCUCAUGUUCGCGCAGCUAUACCGAAGAGGAGGCUCAAGCGCAAGCUAAACCGAAUGAAGCACAAACCGAUGACCAGCACGGUGAAAAUUCUAAUGAAAACACCACUAAUGAACAGCAAAAUGAACCAGAACACAAUAAUAGCAAUAACAAUAAUAAUGCAAACAACUUAAACAACAACAACAUUAGUAGUAGCAAUAACAAUAAUAGUACUAAUAAUAACAAUGAGCAAUCCUGUGAUGCCGUUAAUACACAACCGCAAGCACAUUCCUCACCUAAAAUGAGUUCACCCAAAGAGGAGGACGACGAUCUCGAUUUGGAAGAUGAUGACGAUGACAACGAGAAUGAUGUCUCACAAUUGGAUGAAUAUCGUUCACUGUCACCUGAUUUGGCUAAUGCCAUGGUACAACGUCAAGAUCUGCCCUUUCCAAUGGUGCCCAAUUCGAUGUUCUCGCAGUCAUUCAUGUAUAUGAGCCAUUAUAUACCAGGCUUUGGUCAAGCAGCGGCUAAUCAUCCACAUGCGCAUCAUGCCGCCGCUGCAGCAGCUGCUGCUGGGAUGCCACCGAAUGCGCUAAUGAAUCCGAGCGGUCUAAAUUUGUCGAGUAUGUCGAACGAGGAGCGUCGCAAGCGAAAUCGUACUUUCAUCGAUCCAGUUACUGAAGUGCCGAAGCUAGAGCAAUGGUUCGCAUUGAAUACACAUCCAUCACAUAAUCUGAUACUGAAGUACACAGAGGAUUUGAACACAAUGCCCUAUAGACAAAAGUUCCCCCGCUUGGAAAGUAAAAAUGUACAGUUUUGGUUUAAAAAUCGUCGUGCCAAAUGCAAACGCCUAAAGAUGUCGCUCUACGACAGCUCUCAACUACAAGGUCUAAACUCCUUCGUCAGCAAAUAUGAGGAACGCGACUAAGUGAGAAAAUUUUAUAUGUAAGGGAAUGCGAUAGACAUGUAUUAGAGAGAAAUGUAAACAAAACGCGUCAAUGAAAAAGCGGCAGGUUGGUGCAAACUAUUUGGUUAGGUCAAAGCGUCAAUGACCAGUGAUAAAGGGACUGAAUGUCGAACUAAUAUUUAUACCUAGUAGUGGGCAUAUAGAGCCAAUGAAGUAUUGAAUUGAAUUUUACUAGUACUGCAGUUUGAUGAACAUAAAUACAAAUAUGUAAGUGCAUUAUGGUGGUCCUUAAAGUAGAAAUUAAGAGAUUUUUCAAUUUUUACUUUCCUUUCUAAAAGUUUUAAUUUAAUUAAAUAUAAAUAGAAUUUGCAUAAGAAAAUUUCGGAAUUUUUUCAAACAUUUAAAGACCGCCCUAAUGUGCAUAUAUAUUAUUAUAUAUAUAGUUUACAUCAGUUGAAAGUUAUUUCUUAUGCGAUUUAGUAAAAAUUUCUAAUCAAGUCAAGGCGUUGCUAUUACAAAUCAAUAAGUACAUAUGUUCCUUUUACGAACCACCUUUUUAAACGGGCAAUAUGUACACUGCAAGGAGCUGAUAUCCUGUAAAUAUAGUCCCACUAAAAUUUUCAUGCAUGUUCUUUAUAAAUUAUUUGCAUUAUUCUAGGAAUGUUUGUAUGUAUAUGAUAAAAAUUGAAAAUGACAAAUAACUAAUUAUAAUUUAUGUAGACAUUUUUAAUAAAAUAAAAACUAAAAACUAAAAUUAAAAAAAAAUUUAAUAUUUAUAAUUAAAUAUUUUGUGUAAAAAUACAAUUUUAGCAUAAAAAAAAUUAAUUUUGGUUUUCUAAUAUAUUUCAAUUAAAUCAGUUUGAAUAGAUAUAGCUCUAGUUUAAAAAAGAACUUCACCAGUAACUUUAAUGUACGAUUUAUUGAUAUAUUAAACUACAUAAUUCUAAUAAAUAUAGUUAAAAGAUAGUGAAAACCAAAGAUGGCAUUUCUAAAUAGCAUAUAGCAAAUAUAAAAUAUGCAAGAAUAAAAAAAAAUAUAUAUAAGCAUUAACAUUAUUUUUAAACUAGGCAUAAGUAUCGCAAUUUUUUAAUUAUAGUAAUCGUUUUUAUUAAAAAUUAUGUUGAAAAAUCUGCUGAAUAUAAAAAAUACAUACAUUUGAAAAUAUUUGCAGAAAAUACAUAAAAUCUGUAUUAAGAUUAAAAAAAAAUAUAUAUAUAUAAUAAUUUCAUUUCAACGUCACUGCGACAAUUAGCAAUAAACAUUCAGCUAAGUAUUUGGUAAUUUAAAACAAAAAACUAUUUAAAUGCAUGAAUGCACAUAUCGUUUAUUUAAAAGAAAUUAAUUCUUAAAACUGCUUAUAUAAUAAACUUGUUAUAUGAAAAGAUAUUUUGUUUGGUUAUGUUUCAAUAUAAUUUGUUUAAAAAUUAAUUUUGGGUAUUUGAUACCUUACAAUAAGACAUUUUUGAACCGUAGUAUAUGUUUAAAAAUCGACAUGGCGUGUAAACUGGUUUAUGCAGUUAUAAACUAAGUGCGAAAUUUAUAAAAAUUUAUAUGUGAAAAAGACUCAUACUUAUUAAAAUUCCACUCUCCAUGAUUAUUUUCAAUCCACUUAACUUUAUGACGUUUUGAAAAUUUUUGAAAAACUAACGAAGCACACAAAACUGAAGAAGGAGUGAAAAGUAUUUGCUUCGUCGAAAUGCACCAAUACAUCAACAAUUUGCUUAUUUUCUUAACUUUGAGUGAAAUGUCGAUUUAGUAAAAUUUUUUAAAUAUUAAACAUAAUCGUUAAUAGCUUUGAAGAAAAAAGUUUCGGAACGAAAAUAUCUAAAAUUCGGCAUCUAUUGGAAUAUCUUUUAAAAAUAAACAACUGGUAUACAUAUAUAAGUUAUUUUUAAAGAUACAGACAGCUAAAGCAAGAGAAUAAAUUCCAAACACAGAGAAACAUAAAUUCUUACAGCUGAUAAAAGCCAGUUGCCAGUCAAAAGACAGCUAUUGUAAACUUCAAAGUUCCAAAGCUAAAAUCUAUAUGGUACAUAGAAAACAUACAUGCAAAUAAAUGUAAGUAUGUAACUAUAAAUGCUACUUAUGCAAACAAUUGCACCAAAUAAAUUAAGCAAAAACACACAAUAAUUAAAAAAAAACUAGAAAUAAGCAAAAUCACAUAAACCAGUUAAAGAAAAUUCUUCAGUUAAAAACUUUAAAAAAAGUUAUUUUAUUUAAAAUUUGGAUUAGUAAAUAAAACUGUAAUGUAUUUAAUACGAAAGUAUGAUAAAUUAUUUGUUUUCCUUUAGCUCUUAAGCGCACUGUAAAAUAAAACUAAAUGAACAUAAUAUUUCAAAUUUGUAAAAUAAAAAUACGAUAUUCGUCAAUUUAUUGCAAAAAUCAAAUUAUUAAAACGAGAAAUAAAAAAUUUUAAAUGUAAAAUUGAAAA